UUUUGAGAGGUGACUGGAUCAUGGGUGUGUGAUACUGGAUUUCCACUGAUGGGUUUAUAGCCGGGUGCCAUGUUGAGAGGUGAAGCCUGGGAGAAAAAAAUAGUGGUUUUGAUGUUCUCUACCAUAAUAUGAAACAUGGACAGAUAUCGAUAAAAGAACUAGCGGAUUUUGUAAGAGAAAGAGCAACAAUAGAAGAGGCAUAUUCCAGGUCAAUGACAAAACUAGCAAAAUCUGCGAGCAAUUAUUCACAACUUGGAUCAUUUGCACCAGUGUGGGAUGUUUUCAAAACUUCUACAGAGAAAUUAGCAAAUUGUCACUUGGAUCUUGUUAGAAAAUUACAGGAAUUAAUAAAGGAAGUUCAGAAGUAUGGAGAAGAACAAGCAAAAUCUCACAAAAAGACUAAAGAAGAAGUUGCAGGAACUCUGGAAGCUGUCCAAACCAUUCAGAGUAUAACUCAGGCCCUCCAGAAAUCCAAGGAAAACUACAAUGCCAAGUGUGUAGAACAGGAGCGUCUGAAAAAAGAAGGAGCUACACAAAGAGAAAUAGAAAAGGCAGCUGUUAAAUCUAAGAAAGCUACAGAUACCUAUAAACUCUAUGUGGAAAAAUAUGCAUUAGCAAAAGCUGAUUUUGAACAGAAAAUGACAGAAACAGCUCAGAAAUUUCAAGAUAUUGAAGAAACUCAUCUCAUUCACAUAAAGGAAAUUAUAGAGUCCUUGUCAAAUGCAGUGAAAGAAAUUCAUUUACAGAUAGGGCAGGUGCAUGAAGAAUUUAUAAAUAACAUGGCUAAUACUACAGUUGAAAGUUUGAUACAGAAAUUUGCUGAGUUAAAAGGCACUGGAAAGGAAAGACCUGGCCUUAUUGAAUUUGAAGAAUGUGACCCUGCUAGUGCAGUUGAAGGCAUAAAACCAAGGAAAAGAAAGACUUUUGCUUUGCCAGGCAUAAUUAAAAAGGAAAAGGAUGCAGAAUCUGUGGAAUGCCCUGAUGCAGAUUCACUUAACAUUCCUGAUGUGGAUGAAGAAGGCUAUAGUAUUAAACCAGAAGCAAACCAGAAUGAUACCAAAGAGAACCAUUUCUACUCAUCUAGUGAUUCUGACUCUGAAGAUGAAGAACCAAAGAAGAUUCGGAUAGAAAUCAAACCUGCACUUCCAAAUAACUCACAUCAUACAAUGGCUUCUUUGGAUGAAUUAAAAGUAUCUAUAGGAAAUAUAACACUCUCUCCAGCAAUAUCUAGACACAGUCCAGUACAGAUGAAUCGAAAUUCCUCUAAUGAGGAGUUAACAAAAUCAAAGCCAUCUGCUCCACUCAAUGAAAAAGGGACCAGUGAUUUACUUGCUUGGGACCCCCUGUUUGGACCAUCUCUUGAUCCGUCAUCUUCUUCUUUACUAACUUUGUCAUCAGCCAGGCCCACAACUCCUCUUUCUGUAGGUACCAUUGUCCCACCUCCCAGGCCUGCUUCCAGACCAAAGCUUACUUCAGGCAAACUCAGUGGGAUUAAUGAAAUACCCAGGCCAUUCAGCCCACCUGUAACUUCCAACACCAGCCCACCUCCAGUCGCUCCUUUAGCCCGGGCAGAAAGUUCUUCCUCCAUCUCAUCUGCUUCAUUGAGUGCUGCCAAUACUCCAACAGUAGGCGUGUCACGAGGUCCCAGCCCUGUCAGCCUUGGAAAUCAGGACACCUUACCUGUGGCGAUUGCCCUUACAGAAUCUGUUAAUGCCUACUUUAAAGGAGCAGAUCCCAGCAAGUGUAUUGUAAAGAUCACUGGUGAUGUGACAAUAUCAUUUCCAAGUGGAAUUAUUAAGGUCUUCACUAGCAAUCCGUCUCCGGCUGUGCUAUGCUUCAGAGUGAAAAAUAUCAGCAGACUUGAGCAAAUUCUUCCAAAUGCACAACUUGUGUUCAGUGAUCCAUCACAGUGUGAUUCUAACACAAAAGAUUUUUGGAUGAACAUGCAAGCUGUUACUCUCUACCUCAAGAAGCUAUCCGAGCAAAAUCCAGCUGCCUCUUACUAUAAUGUAGAUGUAUUAAAAUAUCAGGUAUCAUCAAAUGGCAUUCAGUCUACUCCUUUGAAUCUGGCAACAUAUUGGAAAUGUAGUGCCAGUACCACAGAUCUUAGAGUGGAUUAUAAAUAUAAUCCAGAAGCUAUGAUGGCUCCUAGUGUGCUUUCCAAUAUACAGGUGGUAGUACCAGUGGAUGGAGGAGUCACAAAUAUGCAGUCUCUUCCCCCUGCAGUAUGGAAUGCAGAACAAAUGAAAGCCUUUUGGAAAUUGUCUGGUAUUUCAGAAAAAUCAGAAAAUGGAGGUUCUGGGUCCCUCAGAGCAAAAUUUGAUCUUUCAGAAGGUCCCAGUAAGCCUGCAACACUUGCAGUACAAUUCCUCAGCGAGGGAAGUACCCUCUCAGGAGUUGAUAUUGAACUUGUUGGCACUGGCUAUAGACUUUCCUUAGUAAAGAAGCGGUUUGCCACUGGACGAUACUUGGCAGAUUGUUGAUCAUCCUGGGAAAGUGGUGGCUCGAGCGAGCAGUACAAACCUGCCAUUCUGCAUUACCUGUUCUUUCCAAACACUAUUCUAACUUGUAUGUUGUCUUUCAAACUUAGUUAUAUUUGAGAACUGACUACAAACAUUAAAUCGCACUUUUAAAGUGAGUCAUUAAAGGAAAUAGCACUGAAAUGAUUUUUUACACUGCAAAUGAUCAAAUGCAAUAUUCAGGAACGUAUUUCUUCAUAUUCUUGAUAAAAAUGAAGCUUUCAUAGCUGAAAAUUUAAAUUAUCUUCAGUGUCUAUGUUGAAGAAAGGGAGUUAUAGUGUAACGUCAGGCCUAAAAUUUCAGGAGAGCAAGCACAAAAUUAUUUAGCUUUCCAUAAGUUUAGAGUCACAAAAAUUUUGAGAUUUCAUAAGUUUGAUCUUGAAUGGAUACAAUGUGAAUUCUACGUUUUAGAUGAUGUUAACUAAGAGCACUCAAUCAGAUUGAGUUAUGUGCCAUAAUCAGAGCGCAGAGUCCAUGAGGUAUGCAAAAAAUAUAUAAUUUGAUUCUCAUAAACAUAUUAAUAAAGUGUAAAUGGUGUUUUAUAUGAUUUUUUAAAAAAUUCUCAAGUGCAAUGUGUUUUAAAAUAAGCUUGCAAAAAGCAGAGAAUUUACUUCUGCAGUUAAUUAACUUUAUAGAAGUGAUUGUUUUGAUGAUUAAUGCUGUAGAUUUAAUUUAUUUUUAUAUGGAUUGCAUAAUAUGUGCCUUUUAAAAACAAUAACAGAAACCAGAAAUGUGCCUAUCUAGUUUUUGUGCAUUAAUGUGCCUCACUUUUUUUCUCACAGUCUGAAUCUUCUAUUCAGAAUCUUACAGUGGUCAAAUAGUUUUUGCAGGACAUUUGCAAUUUUUGUGAAUACUUUUGACCUGCAUUUGGGAGGGGGAAUUCAGAAUAACUAAAGGAUAGUUUAUAUUUAAGAACCUUGGCUCACUUCUUUAGUGGUACACUGUAACCACCAAAAAGAAACCUAAUGGUUUAUGUUUACUGGUGAAAAAAAUUACUUUCAGAUAUUUGACAUUAACCUCAUCAAAAGUAAGACAAAUUCUGAAAAACUGUGAUGGCAAAUUGGUAACUGGUGUCUUAACUCUCAGUUUAACAUCAUUUCCCUUGUCUUUAUUUGUCAUUGAAAAUUUAUACAUUUACUAAUUAUGUUGUGAAGCAUGAGUUCUGUAGUAUUUUCUGAGAAAUACUUUUUUUUUUUGGUACCAGGGAUUGAAUUCAGAACCUUGCUGCCUGCAAGGCAGGUGCAGUGCCACUGAGCUAAAUCCUUGGCCUCCCCAAAAAUGAAUUUGGCAGUGGGGGAGAAAUACUGUUUUUUGUUUCAUUUCAACAGAAAAAUUACCAAUUUGUAUGUUAUUGUUAUUCUAUUUUUACUAUAUGGUAAAAAUAGGUAAAUUAUUUAAAGUGAUAGAUUAAGCUAAGCAUUUCUUAAAAUGGGCUACACAUUCUAAAUAGUGCAAAGCCUAACUUUGUAGCAAAUUCUGAUUAAAGAAAUGACAUAUUUUAGUCAAAAGUUUCAUAAUCUAGAAGUGGGAAUUAUUUAUGAUGAUAAAUACCAGUCUUCAUUUUACAUCAUUGAAGUGAUAACUUGUGUUACAUGAGAUAAUUUAUAUAAACCACUAAUUGUUUUGUUGUGCUUUACAGAAAAUAAAACCCCUAUUCCUAGACAUUUAUGUAAUGUCUUGCUAUACUAAAUAUAGCAAAAAAUUCACUCCUUUGCAAUAUAUAACACAGCAUUUGUAUUUUUAUAUAUUCAAUGUUAGCCCAGUUCUAAAUUUAGAUUUGACUAGAGCAAUACCUAAGACAAUUUUCUAAAAUGUUAGUCUGUACUAAAUAGCAAAAUUAGAAUUUCUAAUUCUUAUAUUAAUCUCUUUUAAAUGCCAAUUACAGGCUUUACUGGAAUUUUAACUAUAAAUCUGCCUUGCAAUCAAACUGCUUUUAUCGUGCAGUUAAUAUUUUAUUCUUGGAAUUCAGACUCUGUUACACUCACCAUGUUUUUAAAAAUUCAAGUAUUACCUAAAAACAUGCAAAUUAGUGAAAUGGUUAAACUUCUGCACUUUGUUAAUUACCACAGUCUUCAUACCAAGUGUUGAUACAUAAAUUUAUAUUGGAUAUAGGUUACAAUUUUGAAGCCAUACAAGUUUUAUUGAUUUUUUCAUUUACAAGUACACUAAUAGUGUAAAAAAUACCAGUAGAUUUUCAGUGGGAAAUGUAUCUAGCAAGCUGGUUCUUGCUUAUGUAUAGUGGUAAAACUUUG